GAAAUGGGGAGUUUGGCAUUUCGCGUGGCGCUGGCGCCGCCUCUCGUCGGUCGAUCAUCGAGGCACGCGAGGAUUUCAGGGGCGCGCUAUCGAUUGUCACGCUGCUGCUUCUCCUCGCAAUCGGCUAUGGCUAGCGCCGCGCUGGAGAUUGAGCUGAUUCCUUGCUUGAAGGACAAUUAUGCGUAUUUGCUGCGUGAUGCGAGCUCCGGCGCGAUUGGAGUGGUGGAUCCAUCGACGGCCCAGCCUGUGAUUGAAGCUCUCGAGCGGCGGGGCCUCAAGCUCACGCACAUUAUAAACACGCACCAUCACUGGGAUCACACAGGUGGUAAUGCCGAUCUUAAGAAACGCUAUGGUGCACAGAUUGUUGCUCCUCCUGGCGAUGGAAUCCCCGGCAUUGACGUUCCAUUAAAAGAUGGAGAUACGUGGAUGCUUGGAGAGCAUGCCAUGAAAGUUAUUGGAACUCCUGGUCACACACGGGGUCACGUCAGUUACUAUUUCGCGGAUUCGAGAGCUGUGUUUACUGGUGACACGCUCUUUUCAAUCGGCUGUGGAAGACUAUUUGAAGGUUCUGCUCAACAGAUGUGGUCCUCUCUUUCAAAGCUCGCGGCUUUACCGGAUGAAACUCGGGUCUUUUGUGGUCAUGAGUAUACCUUGUCGAACGCGAAGUUCGCAAUGACGAUUGAACCGAACAACCCGGCCUUAAAUUCGCAUUUUGAGAAAGUCAAGCAGCUCCGAGACAGCGGCCUUGCCACGAUACCGUCCUCAGUGGGAGAAGAAAAGAAGUUUAAUCCAUUUCUGAGGCCAGCUAGUCGGGAGAUCCGGAGGAGCUUGAACCUCUCCGAUGAUGCUAGUGAUAGCGAUGUCUUCACAGCCGUGAGGAAAGCCAAAGAUAGAGCCUAAUACGUAAGGAAUACGCUGGCUAAGAGAUCUUACAUCAGCUAGCUAUAGAGAAGCGAGUAAGAACAGUAGCUUCCUUCGACUCAGUGCUUGAGAUCAUUGAGCCCCUCAUCGCGCAUUCGGAUCAUCACCACUUUCUGGUUUCCUAGAGACAGCGAGAACAGCGCCUUGGCACAAACGUCCCUCAUCUUCUUCCAGGCCGAGAGAAAUCCAAUCCUUACGCCUGGACGCUUGAUCCUCCACGCUCUCAUUUUCCUCCGGUGAGGCCUGCUCUUCAUCCUGGAUCCUCCCUUUGCUGCUUGCUGCUGCUGUUGCUGCUUUCCAGAACACUUGUCAGUGCCAUCGAUUCUGCUGUAGCUCCUCGCCGAUUGCCUCGUCUUCAAUCUCCUGUAAGCAACAGGGAGAAGUCCAGUAUAGCUCUCCAUUUCUUUACUGUUCGCCUCUACAGAUCUAGUGGAAGAAUUCGAGAAAAGAGGAGGAGAUCUUUUCCUUUCUUGCCAAAGUCGCGCUUUCUCUUUGCGAAGAAUUAAGUGGCGAGGAAAGCAAAGCAAACUCCUUUUGCUGCUACGAGAGGAAAAUUGCGCGAAACAAGACGAAAUCUUCAAAGUCGUUCCUGCUGGCCA